AUGCACCAUGGCAUGGGAGGAUCGGCGGGCGAUCGUCACGGCGCUCAAAAUCCAGAUAUUUCCUGGCGGGAGAUGCGGGCCAGGAAUGGGAUCUGCGACAAAAUCGAAAAUUACAUAUCCGAGCUGGGCCAAUGGGCGGUAUGGAGGACGAUAAUAAUGGGCCAGUUUCUUUCGGUGAUGCUGUCCUUCGUGACGUUCCUAAAUCAUUACAUAAACACCGGUUCCUACAAGGUCUCGCUUCCAACAGGGCAGAACGUUCCGCACUACGUAAUGAUGUGUUUAGUCUACACGACGUGGAUGUCCUGCAGGGGUGCGGGGAAUGGCCUAAUUUCCGUCAUACGAGCCCGUGGCUGGAGGUAUCUGUUGUUAGCACUGAUCGACGUUGAGGCGUGCACGCUUAUUACAUCGUCGCACCAAUAUACCAGCCUUGCUAGUAUACAGCUUCUUGAUUUAGCGGCGAUACCGGUCGCCCUGGUACUCUCGUUUCUGGUACUGGGCGUCAGAUACAGAAUGGUGCACAUCGUCGGCGUGUCCGUCUGCUUAAUGGGCGUCGGAUGUCUGGUCUGGGCUGGUAUAGACGACAAUAAUCCUACUGGUAAUCCCACGGCUACUGAAAAGAACAAACUUGUUGGCGAUAUGCUUUGUCUCGGCGGUGCGGUCUUGUUCUCGGUAACGACGGUUCUGCAGGAAUUUGCCGUUAAAACGGUCGAUAUUGUCGAAUACCUCGGGAUGAUCGGUUUCUUCGGUACAAUAUUGAGCUGCAUGCAAACCGCCGUGUUUCAGAGGUUUCAAAUAGAAGCGUGUCACUGGGACAACGUACCAGUAAUAACGAUCCUGAUGCUCUACUGCGUCAUGCAAUUCAUGUUCUUCUCUCUUCUACCGGUAGUAUUGUUUGAAUCGGGCGCUACCGCCUUGCAGCUCGCGCUGCUUACCUCGGACUCCUUCAAUACAUUGAGCGGAAUGCUUAAUCACCACUAUAAGUUUCACGCAUUGUACUUCGUUUCGUACACGCUCACGAUGACCGGUAUAUACAUUUACGCAAUAAAGAAAACACCGAUGUCGAUGAACUCACGGAGGCAGCACAUGGCCCCGGAUCCGCGCGCGCCAAUCCCAGAUUAUAGACACAUAUAUCAUCCCGAUGUCGGCGAGGUGGAGAUGGCCACGAGUUCCGGAAUGUCUGGCGUGAGCGGCACCCUCGACAUAAGGGCGUCCACCCUCGGCAGCGAGAGAGAAACGAUGGACGCGACAAGUCUACCACUUAGCGUCAGUUCCGACACGGCCUUCACCUCCUUCUACGGCAGUCAGGCAAACCUAAAGGUAGCAUCGAGAUCGAUGCCGCGUGUCUCGUCCAAUUCGUAUUUCGAUUCGAGCACCGGUGCGCCCUGAUAUCUGUCGGGAAUGAACUUAACGCGAGCGCAGGGUUCGCGUGAUAUUCCGAGGCAGAUGGAGUCCGCGCGAUUGAACGUUUUCUCGAAAUCUACCCAUUUUCGAUAAAGCGACUUCGCGUCGCGAUAUGAGACUCGACGUUUUGCAUUACGGUGAUUCUUCAAAAUUUGUUAGAUUUAUUUUACAAUAGCCUCGGAGCAUGCAGAAAUCGCAUAAUGUAAUUGACUUGUACGAAGGCAAUAAAAUCAAACGAUAAAUAAAAAUUAAUAAAUGUAUAAGUUUUAGACAUCGUUACAUAUUUGAUGGUAGGUUUGGUUCUCUCUCUCUCUCUCUCUCUCUCUCUCUCUCUCUCUCUCUCUGUUAAAUAGCGUAAAUUUGAAUGAUUGCACAAAGAAACUUUUUCAUUCGCGCGAUGAUCCAUCAUUCCAUCUGCCUCCGAUAACGAGUGAUCUCCCCGUACUUCUUUCUUUGUUCUUGGAGGUGUAAAUGAAAUCUGUGACGGUUUCAGGCUGCGAACGGGAACAGUGGUUCUGCCUAUAAUUAAUAAGCGGAAGGAAACGACUGCCUAGAAUAGAAUACUGUCCAAUUCAUUCGUUCGAAAUGCGAUGCGAACUUCUUGACUUCUCGAAACGGGGCCCUUAGAAAGCACGAAAAGAUGUUUGUAUAUCGACGUCGUAAUUACGAGCGUUAGCACAAAGUCUAAAGACUUCUUUUAGAUAUCUGUGUAAAAUUAUUAUUACGCAGUGUUAAUUGUACUUAACGGUAAAAUAAUCGGGUCGUCUUUAAGUUGUAAUUCGAUCAUAUGUUUAGAUGUUAUUUAAGAAAUAAGUCUAAUUUAUAUAUGAAAAAAUACUACUAGAUUAGCAUAUAACUUAAUUAUUCCAAUAAUUUUAAUUAUUACAAUUACAUAUUUAACUUUAUAGUCUUCGCGCGCGACGAAAUAAAUUUGGGUAGAGGUGCCUUUUCACGUUAACGCUCGACGCUCAUUUUUAGCAAGUAAAAAUCUUCAGAAAUAAUAUCUUUUAUUUA